AGAACCCACACAACCGUUCCAAUACGCACAGAGGGAGAACGGGAGCUGGGGUAGCUGGCUCGGCAGUGCUGUCUUUAGAGUUUUUGCUUCAAGUUAUCAGCUCUUUUUUAAUGUCAUUUCUACGGAGAGAUAAUCUAAUUCUUCCAUGAUGAAACUUGUGCUUGUUUUUGCUUUGGUUGCGUCGUUCUUCGCAGAAAAUCUAUUACUUCCCGUUGGAAAAGAACGACAGAGAGAAGAUGUGGUAACACGGUGCUUGGUUGAGGUCCUGUCCAAGGCACUGACCAAACCUGACUCUCACCCUCUGGAUCAGGAAUGCAAAGACAUUCUCAAAGCAGGUGCCCAACAUGCUGCUCUUCUGGAGAAGAAAAGUGAUGAGGAGGUGCUGACCCAUAAAGAGGAGGUCAAAGGUCAUGAACCUGAGCUUGAGGUUCCAGGGGCUGAUGUGAAGGACAUCGAGGCCCGCCUGAAGUCUGUGGAGGAGAAGAGAGAGACACCGGAGGACGAAGAGCGCAGCCAGGAGUCAUGGGACCUCAACGAUGAGAAGGAGAAGAGGAUUUGGAAACCAACGCACAGGUAUCAUCAUAAAGAAGUGUCUGAGGAAAAGAGAGAAGAGCCAGACGAAGAACGUAGUCAGGAAUCCUGGAGCCUGGGUGAUGAGAAGGAGAAGAGAUAUAGGCCUACCUAUCGGUACACCCCAAAGAAAUUACACAUACGAGAUGACAAAAGUGAAAAGUGCAGUCAGGAGUCCUGGGAUCUGAAAGAUGAGAAGGAAAAGAGAGAGGAGGAAGAGGAAAGAGAGAAAAGAAUGUGGAAACCCCCACACAGAUAUCACCACAAGAAACACCACAAACGAGGUGCUGACUCAUCAGAGGAGGAAUCAAAGGAAAAGAGAUCAGAUGAGUCCGAAGAAGAGGAGGAUAGAGAGAAGAGAAUCUGGAAACCAACAAACAGGUACCAUCACAACAAGCGUCACCAACGCAGUGGGGAUUCCUCGGCGGAGGAAGAAGAGGAACGAAGGAGUGAUUCUGACGAACAGGAGGAGAAAAGGUACCUGGCGGAGAAGAGGAGUGAGGUGGAGAGUCGUCUCCUGGGGGAGAUAUAUGAGAAACGUUCUCCCUGGGCGUACAGAGGAUACUACCACCCCGCCUGGUGGAAGAGAGGCAUAGAGCCACUUACACCAUCACAUAAGAUGGAGGAACUGGCAAAGCUGCUGAAGAGGCACCAACUGGCCAGCCAAUCAGAGCCAGCGGAAGAGAGGCAGAAGAGCAUACCUCUAACCCCAGAGGAGGAGAAGGAGCUGCAAAACCUAGCAGCUAUGGACAUGGAGCUACAGAAAAUUGCUGAGAAGAUGCAUGAAAACAGGAGCAAAUAGAUAGUGGACAGGCCGACAGGGAUGCUAAACUACGAGCUCAGUGUGCUAACCUUGUUUAAGAAAACAUUAAAGAGAUGGGAGAACAAAAAAACUAAUCUAAGAGACUUGCCACAAAUUCUGCUGUGAUAACAUCAACGUAAAUAAAGGUUAAAUGAAAAAAUGCAGGUACAAAAGAAUCAGCAUGGAGACCGUUUAGUUUCUAUUAGAUAAUAUCAAAGAUAAAACAGAUGCUUUGCUUAUUUGUCACAGAUUUCUCUAUAUAUAUUUAAAGUGUGCAUUGCAGUUUUCUUCAAACUUUUGAAUGGUUUGUUUGUUUCUUCAGUCUGCAUUUAAUAAAAUAUAUUAUCCUGGGACCAAG